AUGAAGCCUCACUUAAACAUUUUCAAAAACACUCAGUCAGCACUAAAUUCAAACAAGUCAAUUGUCCUUCCUAGACCUACAGACCAACUUUGGAUAGUCACUGAUGGGUCAGUCAAGAAACGUGGCAUUGGCGCUACAUUAUACGUUACGUGGCAUGGCAAGCUGUUACUCGCUGGAUUCUUCAGUGCCAAGUUACGAAAACACCAGGUCACUUGGUUACCUUGUGAGAUAGAGGCUCUUGGCAUUGCAGCCGCAGUCAAGCACUUCAGUCCAUACAUUAUACAGUCCAGUCAGCAGACGUGUGUGCUAACAGACAGUAAACCGUGUGUUCAAGCAAUUGAUAAGUUAUGUAGAGGCGAGUUUUCUGCUAGUCCAAGAGUGACAUCCUUUCUUUCUGUUGUUAGCCGAUAUCAAGUACAUGUUAAACAUCUUGCUGGUUCUGCCAAUGUCCCAUCUGAUUUUGCCAGCCGCAACGCACCAGAAUGUGAAAACCCCACUUGCCAAAUAUGUACAUUUAUUCAUAUCACUGAGGAUUCUGUUGUUAGAGCGAUUAACAUAGAGGAUGUACUUAACAGUAAGAGCCGCUUACCAUUCACAUCCAGAUCAGCUUGGAAAGAUAUUCAGUCAGAGUGCCCAGACCUUAGACGCGUUCAUUCACAUUUAUUACAAGGCACUAGGCCUUCAAAGAAACUAACAAAUGUUAAAGAUGUCAAACGUUACCUCAACUCUGUAUCUAUUGCCAAGGAUGGUAUACUUGUCGUAAAACAUACUGAUCCUCUUGUGUCUUCGGUUGACCUAAUUGUCGUACCCAGAUCUGCCAUUGAUGGUCUUAUCACCGCCUUGCAUAUCAAACUUGACCAUCCAUCAAAACAUCAAAUUCUACAGGUUUUGAAGAGACAUUUUUAUGCCUUGGACAUGAGCCAAGCAGUUGAAAGAGUAUCUGACAUGUGUCAUAGCUGCGCGUCUUUACGUAAACUACCAACAGGGUUUUGUACUCAAUCCUCAGAAGACCCUCCUGAGGUAGUAGGAAUGAGUUUCGCUGCAGACGUCAUGAAACGUAAUAAACAGUUAGUACUUGUGUUAAGAGAAACAUCAACUUCAUACACUGUUGCCUCCAUAGUAGAAAAUGAAAGAAGAGAUACUAUAAGAGAUUCCUUAGUAUGCCUGUGCACUGAGUUACAUCCAAUUCAUGGACCUCCUGCUGUCAUUCGAGUUGACGCUGCUCCAUGUUUUACAUCUUUGAGAGAUGACGCCAUACUCCGUCGUCUGAAUAUAACCUUAGAUAUUGGUCGCGUGAAAAAUGUUAACAAAAACCCUGUAGGAGAAAAAGCAAUUCAAGAGCUUGAAGAUGAGAUCAUACGUAUUGAGCCAGAUGGCGGUUCGCUUUCUAAGGUUCAACUGGCGAUUGCUGUCGCGAAACUGAAUUGUCGCAUCCGUCGUGAAGGAUUAUCAGCUAGAGAGUUGUGGACGCAAAGAAAUCAGUUUACUCAUGAACAACUUCCUAUUUCGGACAGAAAUGUUAUUUCUCAACAGUAUCAGGCACGUUUAGAAAAUCACAGUGCAAGUGAAAAGUCCAAAAGCUCUAAGUCAUCUGUGAAAGCCUCUCAUGUUAGUGUAGGAGAUAUAGUUUACUUAUAUUCUGACAAGAAUAAAUUACAUUCAAGGCAAAGAUACCUUGUAGUGUCAAAAGAAGAUGAUUGGUUUUACAUAAAGAAGUUCAUCGGUAACCAGUUACGCGCUUCCUCGUAUAAAGUGAAACAAAAUGAAUGUUUCCGCGUUCCCACAGAAAUACAAAAUUUUAAUCUUUCUAAGUGCAAAUUCCAGCAAGACAAUGAUAGCGACGAUAUAGACAGUGACAUUUGUGUUCCUCAGGACAACGUUCAUAUUCCGCCUUCAUUAACUGCACCACUAGGAGCUACAGAAAUGCCUGAAGUUCAGAGUCCUCCGAGUGUUAGUGGAGAAAUGGACACACAUGAACCUGACACUGAAACAUCUCUUAGUCUUACUGACAGUACUAACUCUAGUUUAAGUUAUACUAAUGAGGGGACUGAAUUACAUUCAGAAAGACCGCAGAGGCUCCGCAAGCAACCUAAAUACCUUGAUGAUUACAUUACAUAG